CGAUGUUUCCAAAGGUCUCUACGAUGUCUUAUCGAUAUUUGGCCAUCGCCACCUCUAGAGCGCAGCCAACUUCACUCGCCUUGUUCUUUUUUCCGGUUGACUUUAACGAGAAAGAUGCCAGGCGUCACAGUGAAGGAUAUUGACCAGCACGCGGUUACCAAGGCGGUCGCCGUCUUCUUGAAGAAGACUGGCAAGUUGAAGGUGCCCGACCAGAUGGACAUCGUGAAGACCGCCAAAUUCAAGGAGCUGGCGCCCUACGAUCCCGACUGGUUCUACGUUCGCUGCGCCUCGAUCCUGCGCCACCUGUACCACCGCAGUCCCGCUGGUGUGGGCUCCAUCACCAAGAUCUACGGCGGACGCAAGCGCAACGGCGUCCACCCGUCGCACUUCUGCCGCGCCGCCGACGGUGCUGCCCGCAAGGCGCUCCAGGCUCUGGAGCACGCCCGCCUGGUCGAGAAGCACCCGGACGGUGGCCGCAAACUGAGCUCCAUCGGACAGCGGGAUCUGGACCGGAUCGCAAACCAGAUCGUGGUCAAGCAGCGCGAUGCCGCCAAGCAGACCGGGCCCCUUGUUAUUUCCAAGUAAUCACGCAGCGGCGCCCUUUCGAAUUCUAAAAUCGCAUUUUUAGACUUCCCAUUGUAAGCGCUUUUUGUUUGCACGACAGAGAUGAGAUGAAAUAAAACCAACCACAAUUUGUAAAAGUCUA